GUGGAGCCGCCGCUUCCUGUUUCCCCGCAGUCCUCCCUCUCCCCGCCUUGGGUGGUGGCCGCUGCCUCGUCCCCGCUGCCAGGCACAGGGCGGAGGCGGCCGCGACCCGGUGCGGAGACCGCCGCCGGCUCCCUUCUUGCGCGGCCCUCCCCGCCCCGCUCAGCAGCAGCACCCGCCGCCGCGGCGCAGCCCCGAUGCAGGCCAUCAAGUGUGUGGUGGUGGGCGACGGUGCUGUAGGUAAAACAUGCCUACUCAUCAGUUACACAACCAAUGCAUUUCCUGGAGAAUAUAUACCCACUGUCUUUGACAACUACUCUGCUAAUGUAAUGGUUGAUGGAAAACCGGUCAACCUGGGUUUGUGGGAUACAGCUGGUCAAGAGGACUAUGACAGACUACGUCCGCUCUCCUAUCCGCAAACAGUUGGAGGAACCAAUGGUAAGAAUAUAUCUUCCAGUCUGACAGAUCAACCCAUUGCCGAUGUCUUCUUAAUCUGCUUUUCCCUUGUGAGUCCCGCUUCCUUUGAAAAUGUCCGUGCUAAGUGGUAUCCUGAGGUGCGGCACCAUUGUCCCAACACCCCCAUCAUCUUAGUGGGUACCAAACUCGAUCUCCGGGAUGAUAAGGACACUAUUGAAAAACUGAAGGAGAAGAAGCUGACUCCUAUCACCUACCCACAGGGCCUUGCCAUGGCAAAAGAGAUCGGUGCAGUGAAAUACCUGGAAUGCUCAGCACUUACGCAGCGAGGCCUCAAGACAGUGUUUGAUGAAGCUAUCCGAGCAGUUCUGUGCCCCCCUCCUGUAAAGAAGAGGAAGAGAAAAUGUCUGCUGCUGUAAACGUUACCCUCCCCCACCCCACUCCAAACCCUGUGCUUUGCUCGGAACAAUGGAGCAUUCACACUCAAUGCCAAGUUUUUCUGUUAUAAAUUAGUUCUCUUCCAUAAAUUCUAGAACCAAUCAACAAUUUGUUUCAUUUGUUUAAAAGUGUGGAAGUCACCUUGCAUUCUUCUAAAAGCAAACUCCGGAAAAGUCAAACCUAUGUAAAGCCUUAUUUUUAAAAUCCUGUUCUUGCUCAAUUAAGUGUUGCCAAACUAUUUGCUGAACUAAGUUGCAUUGUUGUGCUACGAACACUAAGCACUAAACUUUUUUAAAGAUUCUUCUUGAAGAUGACUCUAAUUUCUGGUAGGAAAUGCAAAAACACUUUCUAGUUUUUCACAGUAAGUAACAGUACCGGGUAAUUAGCAAAACACUGCACUCUAAUGUGUUUUCUUAUUAAAUGUUUUCUCAACCUAGUCAUUGCCUAGCGUUGUGUAUCAAACCUGGAUCUCUGACAAUGACUGACACUCUCGAGUCACAGUGUAAAAUGCUUUAUCGUUGGUAAGGGCUUGGUUGCAAUCUAGUUCUUGCUGCUGUGAUUUUAAAAAUAAAUAAAUAACUAUUCUUACUGAAGUGUAUCUAGUCCUUUUGACAGCAUUGUAUUGUGGUGGAUUAAUGAAAUAGUGGGUUGGAGCCGAUGCUAGUGCCAGACAGUAUUUCCACACUGUACAGAUGACUUACACUACACUGCCAGGGUAGUUACAUGGAAUUAGUUGAUUUUUUUAGUGCAGGUUGAAGUUGGUGACUGUUUUCCCAGAGGUGGAGUAGUGGAAGAGAGGUUGGUGUCCAUAGGUAAAUUCCUUUGAAUUUCAAGGAGGGCAUUCAUUUAUGUACAACUCUGAACCAGCCACUCCCACAACUGUUGUGUGGUAAAUGCUUUUCUUGUAGAAUCUCUUCUUACUGAGCAAUAUAACUUGUAUUUUAAAACCUUUCUGGUGAUAGAAAUUUGCUCUUUUUUUUUUUGUGUAGAGUAGAACAUUCAAGCAUAUCCUCAUUUUCCUGUUACUUCUGACCCAGUAAGUAAGUUAUAUGCUUUCUGAGGUGCUUUUAGUCUUAUUAACUAGGUGUAAAAAUCAUGUGAAGCAGCUUUACACAUUUUAGUAAUUUUUAUAUUUUAAACCUCUACAAACCAUGAAUCUUCUCAAAUAUUAUUUGCAAGACAUCCCCACCACUGUAACAUGACUAAUGCAGAUGAGUGUUCUUUAUGUCACUACAUGUCUGUGUGCAGCAUAGAUUGAAUAAUGGUAACUUGGGUCUGUGAGGUUCUGUAAAUUAGUGCUAAUGUUCUGUAUGUUCUAAACUGGCAGGAAUAUGAUGUUGAACUACACCCUUCAACCACUAAAGCAAAAUUUAAAAGUUGCGAAAUUGUGACAUUUUUACAUUGAUCUUUUGCUAAUGCAAUUAGCAGUAUGUUUUGCAUGUAUGACUUAAUAAAUCCUUGAAUCACA